AUGGGCUCUCCCGCGUGCGACGACCGUCUCGUGGCGUCCCUCCGCGGCGCGUCCACGCCGCUGUUCCGCGUCAUGGAAGUCAUCAAGGCUGCGCACGACAUGACCGUCAGUGGAGCGGAUCUCGCCGUCGGAGGGAUAAAACAUCUCGAGGUGGGGCAGCCGUCGACGGGCGCGCCGCGGCUCGCGCUCGACGCCGCGCGCGACUCCCUCGACGCGUGCGCGCGCGGGGAGACGACGUUAGGAUACACCGUCGCCGAGGGCGUCGACCCUCUGCGCGAGAGGAUCGCGAGGCACUAUCGCGACCGCUACGGCGUCGAGGACGUCGACGCGGACGCGGUCGUCGUGACGACCGGGUCGUCCGCGGCGUUCAUCCUGUCCUUCGUCGCGGCGUUCGACCCGGGCGACCGCGUCGCGAUCGCGUCGCCGGGGUACCCGUGCUACCGGAACAUCCUCGAGGCGCUCGGGUGCGAGGUCGUGUCCAUCCCGGUGGACGCGUCGACGGACUACCAGCCGACGCCGGCGCUUCUGAACGCUUUCCUCGCCGCCAAGCCGAUCCGGGGGCUCAUCGUCGCGUCGCCUUCGAACCCCACCGGGACGGUCCUCACGCGCGCGCAGCUCUUCGCGCUGCACGAGUGGUGCCACGAGCGAGGCGCGUGGUUCGUCUCGGACGAGAUCUACCAUCAGAUCGAAUACGGCGAAGACCGCGCGACGACGGCGCUGGAGACGCCGAACGGGCCGCGCGACUGCGCAAUCGUGAUCAACUCUUUCAGCAAGUACCACUGCAUGACCGGGUGGCGCGUGGGGUGGUGCGUGGUUCCGCCGCGGCUGCGCGACGCGAUGCGAGCGCUGCAGCAAAAUUUGUUUAUCAACGCGCCGACCAUCGCGCAGCACGCGGCGACGGCGGCGUUCGACUGCGACGACGAGCUGGUGAAGCACGUGGAUCGGUACCGCGUCAAUCGCGAGAUUUUACUUCGGGGGCUCCCGAAGGCUGGGUUCGCGAAGCUCAGCAGCGCGGGCGGGGCGUACUACAUCUACGCGGACGUGAGCGACAUGACGGACGACUCCGUGGGGUUGUGUAAGCGGAUAUUGGAGACGACGGGGGUGGCGUGCGUUCCCGGGGUGGAUUUCGACCGCGAGCGGGGGUUAAAGUUCGUUCGGUUUUCAUUCUGCGACAGCACGGAGACGGUCACGGAGGCGGUGCGGGUGUUGAUCGAAAAGGUGGACGAGUGGCGAGUGGGCGGGUGA